UUUUUUUUGUCUGUUUGUUUGUUUUUGUUUCAAUGGUUGAGGAUAGCUGCAAGCCUGCAAGAUGCUGCGAUUGUCUCGUUCCUGUCCUCGGGGAUGACGAAACGUUCCUCUAGAGGGAAUCAUACCUCUGUCUUCAGUUGUUUCUGAUCAUGCAAUUGAGAAUAUUAACUUCGAAUUCUCGCACAAAUCGCAGUUGGAAUCUUCAAAACCAAAUACCAAGAGACAAAACACAUCCAUUCACGCUGCGAUGAUUUCCAUCUCUCACUUCUCUCUCUCUUGCAUUUUUUUUGUUAUUAUUAUUAUUAUCAGAGCUAUAAUACCCAGAAUCUCCAUCAAGGUAUUAGAAAUUGUUUUGAAAAUUGUGAGCAAGGAAUGGGAGGAGGGGAUACACAGCAGUGUUGAGAGAGUUUGGUGUCAAUUUUCUCGAGAAAAUGGGGAUAAUAACCCAUCUGGGUUCAAGGUUUUUUGCCUUGUUGUUUCUCUCUCUGCUCUCCGUCUUCGUCUUCGUUCACACCAAGUCCAGUUCGCGUGACGCUGCAGUAAUGCUUAUUCUGAGGCAGAAUCUCAAUGCAUCCAAGUCACUAGGUUGGAUCGACCCGGACCCUUGCCAAUGGCAACACGUGAGUUGUUCCGAAGACGGGCGGGUCACCCGGAUUCAAAUCGGGUAUCAGAACCUCACCGGUUGUCUCCCUUCGAACCUCAGCUACCUCACCGCCUUGCAGAUACUCGAUCUCUCUUCUAACCAACUCCAGGGUCCGCUUCCUAGUCUUGCCGGGUUGAGCUCACUUCAGAACCUGUCGCUCAGCAACAACAACUUCUCUUCCAUUCCUUUCGAUUUCUUCUUCGGCAUGACGUCCCUCGAAAGGGUCUAUCUCGACAACAUCCCCUUCCAUCCGACUCCGAUACCGAUCAGUCUCCAAAACGCAUCAAACCUUAAGGUCUUCUCGGCCAACGCCUCUAAUUUCUCUGGCAAAAUUCCCUAUUUUUUUGGCAAGUUUGCGAGGCUGACGACACUUCACUUGGCGUUCAACAACCUUCACGGUGAGCUGCCGGCGACCUUUUCGAGUUCUUCAAUUCAGUCUCUGUGGUUGAAUGAGCAACAGAGUACUUAUAAGCUCCAUGGUUCGAUUGAUGUCAUACAGAAUAUGACCCAGUUGAAGGAGGUGUGGUUGGAUUUAAAUUCCUUUUCGGGUCCAAUGCCGGACUUUUCUAGGCUUAUGGGGUUGGAGAGCUUUAGGGUGAGGGACAAUAGCAUUACAGGUCAAGUACCAGCAUCUAUCUUGGAUCUUCCAUGGCUUAAGGUUGUGAGUUUGACCAACAAUUUGCUACAAGGGCCGACCCUGAAGUUUAACUCUUCUGUUACAAUUGACAUGGAAACUGGGUCUAAUAGUUUCUGCUUACCUGCUCAUGGAGCUGCCUGCGAUCCCCGGGUGAAUACAUUACUUUCCAUUGCUCAAUUUAGUGGUUACCCGGUUGUGUUCUCAGAGAAUUGGAAAGGAAAUGACCCUUGUAAGGCAUGGCUUGGGCUCCAUUGUGAGAACGAAAACAUUACUGUUGUCAAUUUUUCAUAUUUGGGUCUUACGGGUAUGAUUUCUCCAAACUUCUCGUCAAUCGUUUCAUUACAAAUACUAAUCCUUGCUAGUAAUAAUCUAGUGGGUAUGAUCCCGAAUGAGCUUACAACUUUGCCUAACCUUAGAGAAUUAGAUAUCUCGAACAAUUGCCUUUAUGGAAAAAUUCCUUCAUUUAAGAGUAAUGUGGUUGUAAACACUAAUGGAAAUCCUGAUAUUUGGAUGGAUGUUGACAGUGGCAAUAUGUACUUAUCCGUAGUGAAUCUAGGCUUGGUAAUUGGUGGUAUUUGUGUAGUUUUAUUUGCUGGGAUUUUGAUAUAUAUGUGUAAACGAAAGCAUUAUGGUCAUAUUCAUGUUAUUGAAUCUGAACGAAUGGUAAUCUCUAUUCAUGUGUUAAAGAAUGCGACUAGCAAUUUUAGCCAAGAGAAUAUAUUGGGAAGAGGCGGAUUUGGAAUUGUUUACAAAGGGGCGUUGCAUGAUGGGACUAAGAUUGCGGUUAAGAGAAUGGAUUCUGGAGUGCUAUGUGAAAGGGGUUGGGAUCAGUUCAAGUCUGAGAUUAUUGUGCUGAGUAAGGUUCGACAUAAGCAUUUGGUUUCUCUUUUUGGAUAUUGCUUGGAUGCAAAUGAGAGGCUACUUGUUUAUGAAUACAUGCCUCAAGGGACUCUUAGCAGACAUUUGUUUAGAUGGAAGGAGGAAGGGUUGAAACCCCUUGAAUGGUUAAGAAGGUUGACCAUUGCACUAGAUGUGGCUAGAGGAGUUGAGUAUCUACAUGUUUUAGCCCAUCGAAGUUUUAUUCAUAGGGAUCUGAAACCAUCAAACAUUCUUCUAGGAGAUGAUAUGCAUGCUAAAGUUGGUGAUUUUGGACUUGUGCGUCUUGUACCAGAUGGGAAGUCUUCAAUUCUAACUAAACUAGCAGGAACUUUUGGAUAUCUAGCACCAGAAUAUGCAGUGACAGGACGAGUGACAACUAAGAUUGAUGUGUUCAGUUUCGGAGUGAUUUUACUGCAGUUGAUUACUGGAAGAAAAGCAGUAGUUGAACUUGAGACCGAGCAUGAUGAGUACGUUGGUAUUGUUGCUUGGUUCUACAAAAUGCGUAUGCAAAAGGAUGCAUUUCACAAGGCUAUCGACUCAACAAUUAACCUUGAUGAAGAAACACUUGUUAGUAUUGAUACUGUUGCUGAGUUGGCGGGCCAUUGUUGUGCAAAUAAUCACUCUCAGAGGCCCGAUAUGGGCCACAUAGUCAAUGUGCUUUCAACUCUUGUUGAUCAUUGGAGUCCAUCCAACUCUCAUUGUGAUGAGGGAUUUGGCUCAUUUGGUGAGGUUAAGCCAAAAGAUUAUAGCCAAAUAUUUUGAAAUUAGUUCCCAAAAUUUUGUCAUAUUCAAAUUAUUAGUUACAAGAGCAUAUAAAUAUGUAGAAUAUUUCAAAAUAUUUGUAAAAGGCUUUAGAACUCUUCAUAUUUUAAAAAAUAAAAGUGUAUGGAGUAGUAGUAAUCUUAAUGUAAAAAUAAACUCCAACAUUUUUCUAUGAUCAUUUUCU